AUGUCGAUACCCGCUACCACUCUGGGCCUUCGCCUACUCCGACGUCCCAUAACUUCAUCUCUCCCUUGCUCCGGCUAUACUACAAUCACAACUGCAUUCAAACCAAUUCGUCCAUCGACUCUCCUACGACUAACCCGAACCUAUGCCUCCAAGCCCGUCAAACGUUCGGGAUCAAAGCCUAGCGGCUCUUUGAGCCAGUCUAUAUCCUCGAACUCGCCCAGAUACUGGUCUCUCGAGGAGAACCUUGCUAAGGCAGGCCAUGAAACCGUGCUAUAUCAAUCCGGUUCACGGCUUCUGAUUUAUAUCUACUACUCGCUCUCCGUAGUGUCGAUAGGCUGGGCAGGGUUAGAAUUCUAUGACAAUGUAAUUUGUCAGCCGGAGGCACCACAGUGGACGAAGAGUGUCAGUGCCCUUGGAGCGGGUAUGGGACUGUUUAUCUGUGCCUAUUGCUUCUGGGUGCCAUCGAGAAUGGUUCAUCGAAUUGUCGCCAUUCCCAAAAUCGGCUCUGUCCCACCAUCCGUAUCUCUCCAGAUCCAAGCCCGUUCCAUCAUCCCCUUCAGGAAACGCAUCAUCAACUCAACCCCCAAAGCCACUACUAUGGUUGAUAUCUUCCAUUCACCUAUCUCUAACAUUAAUAGGUGGGAAAUCAAGGGCUAUUUCGGCCCUAUGAAAUAUAUUGCUUGGCUGGCAUACGCUGGUUUCAGGAAGCUAGUGAAGGCUUUGAGAAUGGAGGAUUUCGCGAAAUUGAAAAUCGGGGACAGUGGAUUGAUUUAUAGGAUCGAUAGACAGGGGUGGGCAUGGGAAAGGGAAAGGAAGGGAUUAGAUGUCCUGCUGAAGGGUGAGACAAAGUACUACCCGUAUCAGCAGAGUAGGUCGUAA